ACGUACCAGGAUCACACGUGAAGUCAUUUUUUUCUACUACAGUACUUUAAUGAAAAACAUACCAGUCACACUAUAAACAACAGGGAAAACGUACGCUAGAAACCUGACAGUCUUCGGACUCGUUUAUAUAUUUAACAGUAUAUCUUGACAGUACCGAGUCGGAAAACUUGUGAGCACUCAUGGCGUCCUCAGUUACACAGAACGAUUCCGACGAUGACGACUUCACGGAAGCAUUCAAGCGCUAUAAAUACAAAAAUGCCUUCAACGAAGACACAUGGGAAGAGGAGUUUGACAAAAUACCCAUGUUCAUGAAAACGGCCCCAGAAGAGAUUGACCCCAAAGAAUAUCCAGAGCUUGCAUGUAUGCAGGCUAUUAUCCACGAUGAAGAUAGGAGCCCUGAAGAACAAGCACAAAGUUUAAAGAAUGAGGGCAAUGCAUUUUUCAAAGAAAAGAAGUACACAAAGGCUAUAGUGGCAUACACAGCAGCUUUAAAGAAGAAUUGUGGUGACCAAGAGUUGGAUACGGUUCUUCUCACCAACCGAGCAGCGGCACACUUUCAUAUCGGCAACAUGCGCUCUGCACUGAAUGACGCUACGGCUGCAAAAAAGAUCAAGCCAGAACAUCUUAAAGCUUUGAUCAGAGGUGCUCAGUGUUGCAUUGAGCUGCGUAACUUCGUGGCAGCCAUUCAGUGGUGUGAAAAGGGUCUUCAAGCUCAUCCUACAGACAAGAAGUUGCAGGAGCUGAGAGCUGCUGCAGACAAACACAAGAGAGCAGCAGAUAGAGAUGCCAGAAAGGCCAAGGCCAAAGAAAAGAAGUUGAAUACUGAGAAAGAGGCUCUUAUGGCUGCUAUAAAGGAGCGGGGCAUCAAACUCCUCCAGUCUGUGAAGCCGUGUCAGUCUGGUUCAGACGUCCAGGAUGAAGACGACGGAACUUCGGACCAGAUGGACAACCUGAGCCUGGACGGUCUCAGCUCACACGAGGCCAUGGGGGCCCAAGUCUUCCUGGACGAGCAGGGCUCCCUUCACUGGCCUGUGCUGUUCCUGUAUCCUGAACAUCAGCAGAGUGAUUUCAUCUCUGCUUUCUGUGAAAGCAGCAGUUUUUGUGACCACUUUGCCGUCAUGUUUGGGGAAGAACUUCCACCUUGGGAUGUUGACAGAAAAUAUCACCCGCAAAAUUUGCAGGUGUUCUUUGAGGAUGAGGAGAGGGAGGUGCUCUACAGAGUUCACCCAGAGACAUCGCUUUUGAGUGUGUCACAACACAAAAGUAUAAGUGCACCACCGCCUGGGUACUGGAGUUCAUGUCGAUUUGCAGAUUAUGGACUCCCCUCAAAGGGGUACAGACAUCUACAGUAUCUCACACAAGGUCCUGGCGAAGGCUGGCUAUCACAGGGCAAUUCUGAGGACCCCAUCCAUCCAUCCAUCCAUCUUCUAUGCCGCUUAUCCUCACAAGGGUCGCGAGCAUGCUGGAGCCUAUCCCAGUUUGAAGAUGGUUGAGGUGAAACGCCAGCAGGCCGAGAAGAUUGCGAACCGCAUACUGUAAGUAUCCAGCUUCAGCCUCCAGCUCCCCCCUGAGGCUCUCCUGUUUCAGGUAAGUGUCUCUGUGCCUCAGUUUCACAGGUCCAGAAGGAUCACAGUUGAGGUUUAAGUCCAGGUGGAAGUGACCAGGGAUGUAGUCCAUGUCCUCCAUCAGAGAUUCAAUGUCCUCUGUGUUAUCCACCUCCAUGGCCACCUCCUACUCCUUCUAUUCUCCUACAUAGGCUUUGCUACAAAAAUAAGAAUACAGUGGGACACAAGAUUCAAAUCCUGGCGUUACAUAUGUUGGCACUGAAUAGCGCAAAAUAAAGACACUAAUCCUGCUCAGCCCACAGCUUCGUCUGCUUUGACAUGAUUCACUGCCUUCUCUCACUGUUUGGUGCAGACAGGUUGAACAGGUUGGACUUGGGAGUGACCAGGAAGUGGAAUACAGGAGCAAAAGGGAAGUAGUGAUUAGCAACAAUCAACCCCCUUUCUAAUCAACAUACACAAUCUUUAUCAGCAUUCAUGCACACAGUUUUAUCGAUGGUCUAUUAUUUGGUAAUUCUCAAUGCGGGCAUGUCGUAUUUUAUAGGAAUGACAGCUGAACUGGCAUUCCAUGAAGUUUAUUCUGACAGGCACGUUGUUUAUGCUGUGAUUUUAGGUGAAAACGUGUUUGAAGCCAAGGAGUGGUUGAUGUCUGCUCGUAUCAGCAGAAGUCAGCUGAAGAAUGCGAGCCAUCAAGCAGGCGAGUAUGCAACUAAUCGGAAUGCGUGACUUAUUUGUCUCACCCUAUGGAAUGGCAACAAACGUGCAAGCACAAAUGACAGUAACAUGCAUCCUUUAUACUAAAGGUGGAAAUAUUCACUUUUACUUGAAUGUUAUAAUACGAGCCACGAUAAUGUGUCAGCACAAUUAUUUUACAGACAAAACAAUACUUUUCCAUCUGCUGCUAAGCAUGUAUUUUCAGAUGCACCCGACUGAUAGUAGAACAUAAGAUUCAGAGUGAAGUCCUGUAUGUCCAUCACAGCAAAGAAUACAUGGACACAUUAGUAUAAUAUUGAGAGGAGAUAGUAAAAAAAUCAAUAAAAAAUACUGAAAGCCGAGUAAACACGCUGUGUAUAUGUUAUGUACAGUCUCUAUACUUUCACAAGUUUCGAAAAUACUGGAAAAUGGAUUGGAUACAUUCAUAGCAAAGCUCCCCAACAGCCAAUAUGGUUUCAGAGCAGGCAGAUCAGAGCGGUGGUAAUAAUAGAAGCCAGCAAAGAAAUCAUAAACAAUAUUGCUCAAAAGAAACACGCAAUCUGAAUAUUUAUUGCUCUAAAGAAAGCUUUUGACACAAUAAACCACAAGGUUUUAGUAAAAAACAACUGGAACAGUACGGCAUCAGAGGUAUUGUGUGAGACUGGAUUAAAAGUUAUUUGCAGAAGAGACAGAAGUUCAAUUAAGUGAUGUUUAUUUUUCAUGUUUGGUUUGUGGGGUCCCCCAGGGUUCAGUGUUGGGUCCCAAACAUUUUUAUCUUGUACAUUAAUGACAGUUGAAAGGUGUCAGAGGUCACAAAAAAUAAAUUCCUUGGGGCCAUAAUAGAUGAAAAACUGAGUUGGAAGCCACGCAUCAGACACGUACAAAGCAGGAAAUGUAAAUCGAGGAAAAGGCUGGUGGGUGUUGGGUGGAAAAGGAGGGUGUUGGAACACCAAUUCCGCCCACUCUUACUGUAUUUAAGGCCUAGGCCACCAGCACUUAUUAGUUCGCUGACGAAGCUCUUUGGAUGAGGAGCGAAACGUCCGACACCUUCUUCACAGAAGUACAGAUGACGUCUCAAGAAGCCUUUUCCUCGAUGGACAACUCCUGUACGACUGAGAGCCUACACAGACGCAGGAAAUGUAAAGUAAAGUUUGUUUCUUGUGAUUAUGAUGAUUAUUUUUGUUUUGUUUUCCUGCCCACAUAAGCAUCAUAUACAAUCACUGAUCAUGGGGCGUUUGGGGAUGUUAGACUUUUGAGUGGAGCUUAGGGAUGGUGGUGUUAUGCGCUGUUGCCUCUGCUGGUGGACUUGGCUUGGCCUUCUCUGGGUUCUCGAUGGGCGCGUCCGGCCGGUGUCUGUUCUUGUACGUGGCUUGCUGUUCUCUGACGAGGAGCUGCAUGGCAGGGAUCCCAACGGCCUACCUGUGGCUCUUUGUGGCGCUCUGGGCUCAGUGACUGCCACCAUCUGGGAGCAUCCUAUUUAAUGCACCGUUGGGUGUCAUCCUGCUCUCAUGAUGUUGCUAUGUGUGUGUGUGACAUGAUGAAGAGGACUGUGUGAAUGCCAGUUCUAAAUGAGCCGUCACAUUUAUGGGUCCGUGCAUGAAUCACACAUCUUUGUGGGUUUUGCCGCUUGGCUCUUUGUUGGAGGACGGCUUGUUGUGCGGUGGGUGCUGAGGCGUUGCAGGUUGGACGUGUCUAUUUCCAGAUGCACUUUAUAUGUUGCAUAUUGAUCCCCUAUAACGUAAUCCUGUAAUCUCCGAUAGUGUCCACUGCUGAAAAAACAACAACAUAUGAAACGACUACAAAAUAAUUUAACACGUCAUAUGAUUUUUCACGUUUGCCCCUCCUGUUCUGCCCUUUGUUCGCCCUUGCCUUUGCCUCAUCUCUCUUAUCAGACGCCCUGUGCUCAAAGGAUGCGCUCACUUUUGGACAUUUAAUAGUUGUUGCUUCCUUUAUGCGCAGUUGUUUCCCU